AGGUAUUUACUGUGUUAAAUAGGGAAGUAAAUAUAAAAUUUAAUCAACUUAAAUGUUAUAAAACCUCAAUAUUAGAGUUUAAGAUUAAAACUGGUGAUCGAUUAACGUUCAAAAUGGAAGUCUCCGGUAAACUAGCUGAAGGAAGAGAAAGUUUAAAGCUUUGUGAACAUUGUCAAUUUGUAAAUAUUACAACAAAAGCAAAUGGAAUAUGUCGGGAAUGUGAGGAAUAUAUGUGCGACACAUGCUUCCGGAAUCAUCUCAAGGGUAAAAGGAAUAGAAAUCAUGAAUUGAUUGACAUGAAUGACCCAGAUAUAUCUGCAUGGAAAAGUGCAGAAGACGUAGAGAAAUGCAAACAGCAUGAUAAUGAGGCGAUCAAAUUCUACUGUCGUAAACACGAAAUUGUUGGGUGUGGAGACUGCAUUAUAUUGGAGCAUAGUACAUGUAAACCCGAAUACAUAAAGGACUUAUCGAAAAACCUGCAGGAAACCGAAGAUUUUAUACACUUGAAGAGGAAAAUUGAACAACUGGAGCGUGAGAACAAAACAAGCUAUGAGAACGUUCAAAAGAAUCGAAAACAUUGUAAAGUAGUGCACGAAGAAGUGCUAACUAAGAUAAGGAAGUUUAGAACAGAUAUCAAUAUUUAUCUGGAUAAGGCAGAAGCAGAUAUAAUAUCUGAAAUGGAACAACUUAUGUCCGACAACGACAAACUCUUAGAUAAGCUAGACAACGAUUGUGCAAAAUAUUUGUCUGAAAUUGAAGGUUUAAAGCAGAAACUUGACCCAACUGUCCAUAGAGAAAAUGUACUGUUUAUACAAACAGUACGUAGCAAAGCGAGUGUUCUGGAAAUUGAACAUAAGCUGUCAAAAAAUGUGCAAUCAGCAUGCGAACUCAAAGGUUAUAAAUUUGUUCCUUAUGAAAAACUGUCGAGUAUCAUCAAAUCAAGAGAGAAACUUGGCAAAAUCAAUAUUUCGAAUAUAAAUGAAUCUAAGCAAGAUGAAUUCAAAACUUUGGAAAUGAACAUUGAUACAUUAACAUUGCAAGAACCAAAGAAGCAGAAGCCAAGGAAGCCAGAACAACAGGAAACAGAUAGCGAAACUGCUGUGAAACCGCCACCUGUUUUUGUCGGUACCCGUGUACAACCAAUAAAUUGGAGUCUGUAUCAUCGCGGCAAACCAGGUACUGUAACAGCUGUACGUCCAGAUGGAACUGUCGACGUGAAGUGGGAUUAUUUAGGAGCCACAGGAUCUGGUUACAGAGUAGGAACGGGACCGAAAGGAAUCAGACUCAUCUAAAAGAAGUUGAACUCUGUCUUAUUGAUGUAUAUAAUUUGAUGGAAAUAUUUUUAGACAAUAUUUAGUUAUGAAUCAUUUUCACAUUAAUUGCAAAUUAAAACCUAUGUUUAUGUAUUGGACGGCUUGGCACAUAAAGUAUGUGCUCUUCACCACUGUACCCAUGAGUCGUGCAACAUCAAGUUGUAAUAAUGAAAUGAAUGAACCGGCACGCAGAAAAGUGUCAUUCAAAUAUUUCACAUGAAAAUGCAAACACAACCUGCCGUGUCCAACUGUAUAAAAUCAGUUUGGUUAAUUUUGAUUAAUCAAACGUAAAAUUAUAAUCACUUCCAAAUAUUAUGUAUCAACACAUCUUGACAUGUACAAGAGUAGCGCGACGAACUCCCCGGAAACACCACCAGAUCAAUUCCCUUGCGAAGAUAUACAUGGAAUUUAUUAAACAAUCAUUUUAUUAAAUUUAUUUUAUGAGACUGAUGAGUACUAGUAAUUACUGCAAAUGCGAAAUUAAUAUCACCAUAAAGGAACAUCAAUACCUUGUUAUGAAUGUAUGUUAUUAUCAGCCCAGGUUUAAACGUAACCUUCUUUUCAAUUUAGUACAUGCAUGGCGGCAAGCCAGGUACUGUAACAGCUGUAUGUACAGAUGGAACUGUCGACGUGAAGUGGGAUUAUUCAGGAAAUACAGUAUCUGGUUACAGAGUAGGAACGGGACGGAAAGGAAUCAGACUCAUCUAACAGAAGUUGAACUCUGUCUAAUUCAUGUAUAUAAUUUGAUGGAAAUAUUUUUAGACAAUAUAUAGUUAUUAAUCUGUUUUACAUUAAUUGCAAAUUAAAACCUAUUCAAGUAAUUUACAUGUGGGAGAAUAUGUUCACAUUCAAUUGAAAUUAAAACUGGUGGUUAGUAUGGACUAAUAAGAUAAAAUAGUAUAUGCAGAUGUUGUUAUCAAUGUUGCAAUAGUUGUUGAACUGAAUAGUUUUUCUUCGUUACAGACAAAAUCAGAUUUAUGACUAGAUUAUAUUGGGUCUUUGUCAAGAUAGGUAUUUUUAGCUCACCUGAGCACAAAGUGCUGGGAGUGAGCUAUUGUGAUCGCUCACAGUCCGGCGUCCGUCCUUCCGUCCGUCCGUCCACACUUUCCUUUAAACAACAUCCCCUCAUAAACCACGAAGCCAAUUUCAUCCAAACUUUAUAAGAAUGUUCCUUGGGUGAAGCUCUACAAAAAUUGUUCAAAGAAUUGAAUUCCAUGCAGAACUCUGGUUGCCAUGGCAACUGAAAUGAAAAAAAUUAAAAAUCUUCUUCUCAAAAA